AUGUCACAAGACAAGCGCUGCCUCAAGAUCGACGUUACGUCGGACAUUCUGUGCCCCUUCUGCCUGCUCGGCAUGAAGCAGCUCGAGCUCGCGAUCGACAAGUACAGGCAGAAGGACCCGACGCUCUGCAUCGAGAUCCACAUGCACCCGUUCCAGCUGAACGGGCUCAUCACCGAGACGCCGAUCAAGCGACAAGACUUUGGCGAGCGCAAGUUCGGCAAGGCGCGGUGGGACGCCAUCAACGCCUCGCUCGUGGACAAGUUUAAGUCUGUCGGCAUCGACUUCCAGACCGACAGCUACAUGAGCAGCUCGCACCUGGCCCACCGCCUCGCGGCGCUGUGCGCGGACAAGAAGCCCGAGGAGGAGGUCUCCCUCGCGAUGGACUUUUACGACAUGCAUCACGUCCAGGGCAUCCACUGCAGCGACAAGGAGGCCCUCGCGCGUAUCGCCGUCAAGCACGGCCUGUUCAACACGGAGCAGGAGGCGGUCAACUGGCUCAACAGCUCCGAGUACGACCUCCAGGUCAAGAAGUGUUACCAGAAGGCGCAGCAGAAUGGCAUCACUGGUGUGCCCUUCUUUGUCUUCCAGGACAAGUAUGCGGCAUCGGGCGCUAUGGGCGUGGACGAGUUUGUCCAGAAGGUAUUCGAUCCGUCCGCGCCAACAGGUCCCACGAGAGUGGCUCUCGCCGGCCCUCCACAGCUGCCCCAAGUUGCGCCAAGCUGA